AUGAGGCUGUCACUCCUUCUCCUCGCCCGUCUCUGUGCGACACUGACCUCCGCGUGCGUGUUCCCUUUCAACAACCCUCGCCUCACCAACAGCUCGUCAGUCGCAGACUACGUUGCUGAACUUCAAGCAUCUGGGAAGCUCAGUGAUGAUGGGGGCAAGGGCUGGGUCACCAUAAUCGACAAAGACACCAAUUCAGAUCCUGCUGUUUGGCCCAACUACAAAGACACUCCAAAUGUGUGGAUCGAGUACUGCUUUGCCACUGAGGAAGACUUCACAAAGUACAAAGAUGUCGUAGAGGAGGCAGCAGGAGAAUGGAAGAACAAGAUCGGCUCCGGUGAAUCCAACCAGCAUCGGUUUGAUGGAUUUCGUCACUACCACCACGAGGACACCAACUCUGAUCCACGUUGUCGUCUGCAGGAUGGUAAAUGGAACCCGUUUGUUCCCGAGUAUACACUCAUGAUCAUGGAGGCAGACGACUUCAUUACUCGAGCAACUGUCGGAUAUCUAGAUGCGAGCAUUAAUUCGCAUGCCGGUCGCCACGCUCUGCAUCUUUGGAUGGGUCCCCAGGUCUGGAAAACCUGGAAGUGGCAGGUGACCCAUGAGCUGGGUCAUGUUCUUGGCUUAGAACACGAGCAUCAGCGCGAUGAUCGGGACCAGUAUAUCUACUACGACUGCUCCAAACUCGAGGGCUAUGCGACGGCCAAGUGGAGGGUUGAGACCGACCCUCGGUGGAAGGGAAUCUCUAUUGAGGACGUUUGCAAGUCGAACUACCUCGGCUUUACCAACGAUCUCAACUGGUGGCCACCGUCCCAGUUCACGAUGGACAUGGGUUCAGACAGCAAGGGCAAACCGAGGGGACAGACCAAGGGCAAGGAGUACGACCACAGGUCCAUCAUGCACUACGAAUCUCAUUCGUUCGCUGCAAAUUACUUUGGUAGCGUCGGUAACGUACCUCUUGCGUACUGGAAGAACGGAGCUCCCAGUGACGGCUCAAAGCCCGAUAAGUCGAACGCAGAGCUCAUUCCAUUUCCUACGGCAAUCUCUGAUCUAGACAAGUUCGGCGUCCAGUUUCUCUACCAGUAUCAGGGAACGGAGGGAUAGUGCCUGUUGCACCAAGACGACGCAAGGAUUGACACGCUUCUUUCGAAGAAGGUGACGAUGGUAAGGAAAGCUGUCAGUACAGCAAGAUACCAAGAUCAGGUGAAUAGCGAGACUCACCGAGGGUCUUACAGGGAGCCUCAAUACACGUAUGAACAUUGUCCUUAACGCACAUGCGUAUUGAUUGUGAUGUCAG